AUGCACGACUUUACUUCGCAUGUGCUCCAAAGGUACUGGGAGGUGGUUGGAUGGAAUCCCUACAACUCGUAUUUGCAUCUCACUUCUACCUCUUCAGCGGUAUUGGAUUUUCCGCUGCCUUCAGGGCUCAAUUUUGCAAUCAGUGCUUCGCCCAGCCCGCCUUUCUUCACUACCUAUCGUCUGCGAGCGUUGCCCCAACUGGAAGGUUCCUUGGGCUACAUUUUUGCUUCGACCGAUGAAGAGGCACCUGCACUCGAUGUCGGCAGCAGCAGAACAAUCUCUAUCAAGCGCAUGGCGCACCGCUUUAGGGUGUUGGACGCCCCUAGAGCACCUACAGCUAAAGAAGAGAUCUGGCAGGGAGGUGUGCGCGUCGAUACUCGAGGUGAGCACGGGUUUUUUGUCAAGAUGCGAGGGGCGAGCACUGAUGUAGCCUAAUCUGCACCUCACGCUCACACACAUGCAUCUUCAAAUCGCCCCAGACUAUCUGCUUUAUGGCUCUAUGCAUGUGCCUUCGGCUCGAGUCGAUGCGCUGUACACUACCAGGAUCUCCCCUGAGAUGACUUUCUUACUUACUGGGCGCUCGUAUCCCUCUCGGACAUUCCUACAGAGCAGCGAGAAAGCAGCCCAAGCAAUCGCUGGCGAUGCUGCCCAAGCGAGUCUCUCCCGAGACAAGACUGCCGGAAGAAUGAAUGUUCAGCUCAUGCUGCAGAGAGAUACCGGAAAGUGGUUCACUGAAUACUCUUACAGUGCCUUCGAUGCCCUCUGGGGAUUCAGAGUGCUCCACAAUUUUGGCACUUCCAGCAGCAGCGCAAGUAUCAGCGAGUCCAGUAUGCCCUCGGAGUCCAACGGGCUACAUACCGAGGCGGUGGUGUCCAAGCGUGGCGUUGAAGAUGAUCGGGAAGGCGAAAGCGGUGUGGGCGGUGGACUCAAAGGCCGCUUCUCAGCUGGGGCAGAAAUGUUCUUUAGCGCUCGCGAAAAGAGCGCCGGGAGUGAGUACAUAUGAGCCUGGGCAGGAACGUAACCAUUGCUGCAGCGUUGAAACAUGCCCGUCUUUGGCAGUCUCUACCGGAGUGCGCUUUACGACCCUCCCAGAGCCACCUGCUUCACAGGCGAAUGGGGGUUCGGAUCAAGUCCCGCAACCCCCAACGACACUCACGGCUACUCUCAACCCCAUGAUGGGCCAUUUGUCCACUGCGUAUGCAGCAAGAAUGACGCGGGACAUUGUAGCUUGUUCGCGGUGCGUUUCUUGGCUUGGUGUGGCAGGCACCUGAUGCUGAUGUGACCUAACGUUUACUCAGGUACGACUUCAACGUGUACAGCUACGACUCCGAGCUCACCGUCGGCUUUGAGUACUGGCUUCGAGCUGCGCGACAAGCUCACCAACCAGCAACAGCAUCGCCGUUGACCAAUAGCAUGUCUGAAACCGCCCAAAGGAUCAAGCAGGCCGCAUCAGACGUCAUCGGCAGCGUCAGCGACUCAGUAAAAGCAGUCAACUCGUCGCGCGAAGACUUGCCUGCCGAGCAGCAUCGGACGCGGCCAGACAAGGUGCUCUCACCCAACACACGAGACCUGUCAUUACGAGAGAGCGCUGGGCCCCAGUCUGACAGAGGGCUCGGAACGGGACAUCUGCCCUCUUUGCAAAAAGAGCGCCCCCAACCAAAUUUGCGCGAACACGAGCCACCGACGUCAGUAUCCUCUCCAACGUGGCCAAGUCCGGUAUCAUCUGAAAUGACGACCGAAGAGUCAAGCAGCUCUACCAGAGACGCUGGUCUGCCCACAAAGAGCGGGACCGUUGCGCCGCUCUUGGCAUUGAUCAAAGCGCGUAUAUCCACGUCCGGUGUCCUCUCACUCUUGUGGGAGGGGCGAAUGCGAAAUACUCUCCUCUCCUUUGGUAUUCGAGCCGACGUCUCCCCCAGCGCUUUGGCAUCCAAUGAGAGUCGAAACCACGGAAAUGCUCUUCGUAGCAUUGGCAUGGAGAUCACAUACUUUGCCACUGGCGAAGAAGCUAGACUUGAGCAGGAAAGGCGGAAUAGACGUCAGCAAUAG